AUGAUGUUGAAAUAUAUUCGUGAAUCGAAAAUGACGAAUGAUAUGGAUCUGACUAUACUGGGGGUUUUUCAAAUACUGGAACUGAAAACUACAGCUAACGAAAUAUCUGAAUAUCAUGAUGAAAUAGCAAACACUCUUCACCUAAAGAUUAAGACGAUUUUACCGAGCAAGAAGAUCAUAUGGAACCUUAUUUCAUUAUUUUUCAAGCAUGUUUAUUCAUUUAUGCCCAUUUUGGACGAGAUUUCAUUCCGGAUGGAAAUGACCAGAAUCAUUGGGCCUGAAGAAUUUGGAGAUGAUACUAUUAUUCCAUCUAUCCAAAAAGAUGAUGAUUUUGCUUACAUUGGAAUUUUGCUUAUAAUACUACGCACAUGCUAUUUACAAGAUGAUAAAGGUAAUGGUGGUUGUAUUUCAGAUGGUGUACAAAUAGGGCCUGAAUAUAUCAAUUUAGCUAAUAUGUGCUUAAGGCGCUAUGAUAUCAUAGGUAAAGUUAGUUUAACGGUUUUACAAUGUGCAUUUUGUUUGAGGCUUUACCAAAAAGUUGCGCCAACAUUUAACGACAGUUUUAAUAAUAAAAAUACGACAGUAUAUAACGGCAUACUUGUUCAAAUGGCUUAUUCGUUAGGGUUGAACAAGGAUAUUCAGUUACCUGACCAGCGUAUGAAAAAUUUGAGACAAAAAAUAUGGCAUCUUUUGGUUUUAUUUGAUAUUAUAGAAGCAUAUUCCUUUGGUUCUCCUUUGAUUACAAAAAGACUUUAUUUCAAUACAAGACUUAUUCUUCCUGGUGAGAUUGAUGGUAACAACUCAAAUAAUUUAGAUUGCACUUUGGAGCGGUCAGUGGUAAGUAAUAUGAUAAACCUGCUGAAUAACAUGGAUCCUUUAAUUGACAUUCUUAAUAUGAUUUUAGAUAUCAAAGGACAAACUAAAAUUUCAAGCUUGGUACUAUCAAUAAAUAAAGUGGAAAUAAGAAUAGCGAAGAGUUUAGGUUUUUUAAAAGACAUUUUGGUUCCAAUACCAAAAAAUAUAUCAGCACUGGAGAUACAUGAUCGGAUACAUAAGAUGAAGGGCUUAAUGUCAAUUAAGAUCUACUUAUCAUCAAUAUACCAACACUUAGCUGUACACUUUGAGCAUACGAAUAAUGUGAGGUUAGCAUUGUUUUAUAGAAAGAAAAUACAAUGUAUUAGUAUUGGUGAAAUAAUGCCAGUCUUAUUACCACUUACAGAAGAUAUGAGCAAUUAUUUUGGACGUAUUGGGGUUUUAAUAAUAACUUCAUUUUUCUUUCAAUCAAUUUAUAGAAUGAGCUUGCUAAAUAUCGAGGUACUAAUUCGCUUAAGAUAUCAUUUUUACUAUUUCACUGACAUUUAUUCCUAUAAGCAAGAUAACUCAUAUAUUUACUCUUAUCUCAGCAAAGCCAUUGAGAAAUUAGAACGAUCCAUGGAUAUUUUUAUAUCUUGUAUAUCAAGAUUGUGCAAAGAAUAUGACUAUACAAAGAAACCGAAGAAUUUAUUGAAUGUUUAUUUAUGCAUCCUUAAGAAAAAUGAGUUUUAUGAGAAUAAUAUGAAUAAUAAUGCCUUAAGAAAAACCAAGUAUACAAGCGAUUACUUAAAGCAAAUGUGUUGCAUUUAUGAUGCAGCGUUGGGCAAUGUUACGAAUUCUCCUUAUCCUUUGGAUUCUGUUGACACGUACGAUUUCGAGGAUGAUACUAGCCAAGAGGAUAUUUUCAGCUUAAUUGAUUUCGAAACUUUGAAUUUUGACAUCAUUGAUUAUAUUAAUCAAUUCGGUAAUGAUAAUUUUGUACGUGAAGAAACUUCAUUAUUUAAAUAA